AUGCUAAGUGGGAAUAAGGCUGUAGCAAAACCUAUUGGAGAUGAGGCUACCCAGUAUCUCGAUAGUGAUCCAGUGGAAGCUGAGCCUUUCCAAUUCUGGCGUAACAAUCAAUCCCGUUUUUCUGCAAUUGCAUUACUUGCCCGGGAUGCUCUUUCAAUUCCUGCAACCGGUACUGAUGUUGAGCGGCUUUUUAACACUGCCCGUAAUGUCUGCUAUUACCGAUGUAGCCGUUUGAAGUCGGAGACUAUUGAAAAAAUUAUGCUAUUUCUAUAUGUAUCAAGGUUUGAUCUUAAGGAUACAGAGGCAAAGGAGCUUAAGAAAUAUUUUACUUUGAAUGAGAUUGAGACAUCAAAGGAACAGAGUAAUGAGAAUCUGAAGGAUGUUAGAGUUAAUUUAAUUAGCGAUAACGAGAAGGAAGAAGAGGAAGAGGAGGAAGAUACUGAAAUAGUUACUUCCAAAAGUUUCAAUGAGUUAAUAGAUUUUGGUACUGCGAGUGAUACUGAAGAGCUCCAGUUACCAGAGAAUAGGAUUCAGCUACAGACAUUUGGAAGGAAACGCAAACAUAAAGAGGACAAUGACUUUGAGCAGUAUUAG